AUGCAGCCUCCAACAGAUUCUCUGCGACACCAACUUCACAAGCUCGCUGAACUCAGAGCCAAUCGCAACGCUGCUGCUAAUCACAACGCUGGUUCUGGUUCUACGACGACUCCAACGCCAGCCUCACCUCAUUAUACCCUCUCUAUCACCAGACCAAGUGGGACCAGAGUCAUGACUGUCCCAAACUAUCUAGCUGAUCAGGACGACUAUAUGGAUCCAUCACCUAUCAACAUCACCAUUGACAGAUCGGUCACCUUAAUCGGAGACGGGAAUAAUAUCCAGCUUCCGGAGUCUGGACUCUCAUCUCAGCCGGAUCAAACCGAUGGCUCUGGCACUCGCCUCACUUCUCUGGCAGCUGUCAUCAUUGGCGCCCUCAACAGGGCUGACAAUCUGGUUGACCAGACUGGCAAUCCGAGGCCCUUGAAUAUCAACAUCAGAAAUGGUCUUCAUGUUCAGGGGUCUAACAACACCGUUUGCGCAGUCUCUACCGUGGGGGAGACUGCACAGAAUGCAGAGUCCGACUCUGCUGAUGGGCCUAGCAGCCCAUCUCAAGCGGCACAGACCGAGACUGUGCCUGCUGGCAGUGGAGAGGCGGAAGGCGGCGACCGCAAGCGCCGUGCUGAUUCGGUUCGCACUCCAUUCCGUCAAAGGGGUCUUUAA